AUGGAAAAUUAUGAGAAGAUGAUCACUGAAGGGGUCAAAAAGUUUGUGCAAGAGUACUACAAGAAGAAUCCUGAUGAUGCUUGGACUGAUCAAGAACACGAGCUAUUCCUAAUGGGACUGAGGAAGUAUGGAACAGGAAAUCAUGGGAAAAUAUCCAAGAAGUUUGUCAAGACCAAAAAUCUUCAACAAGUCAAAAACCAUGCUAACUUGGUGUUCCAGCAUUUGAAAUCCUCUACAAGAAAGGGACCAAACAACAAAGUUGGCGUCGAAAAGUACGAUCCUGCUGCAGCCAAUAUUGCUAGCACCUCCUACGUCGUGGUGCCUGAUGUUGCUGAUGCUGCCUCAGGAACCAACGGGGUGGUAGAGCCAGAAACAAAUGCCAUUGUGGUUGAUCAGAUCAUAGCCACAACUAAUCGUACUACACCGAUGGACUUGUUUCCAACAUCCGAGCCCAAGCCAACCUUAAUCAUGUUCCCUGUGACAGCACCAACGUUUCCUGUUCGGUCAGAAACUGGAAGCUCAGAUGUUCCACCGAAUUAUGCCCACAAAAGCAACCUUCAGGAUACGCUUACUCAUGGCAGUACUGGUGGUGGGGAUUUUUUUCCUUCAUAUGGUGAACUUGAUUUGGAUCUCCGUUUAGGUUCAUGGUACUGGUGA